AUGACAGUACCCGUUACUGAGCGAGCAUUGCAAGUAUGCCUGACCUGCAAAUUGAGAAAGAAGGCAUGCGACAAGACACUGCCAACCUGUGGGUACUGCACCAAACGGAACCUGCCAUGUCGAUACCAAGCUCCUCCGGCGGCUGAAGAAACGGGCACAGAAGCGACUACUCAGAUAGAAAUAAAUGCGAUCUUGCUACAGAUGGUUUCCCUGUUUGGCCCACCAUCGGGAAAUGUGUCCACAGCACCCAGAAGGACAUGGUACCAAGUAUGCCGCAUCAUCCAAUUGGCAGACCUCUCGUUGCAGGAAAUCAGUCGCCGGUAUUUCAGCAACUUCCACAAAUGGCUUCCAGUAGUAUCGUACGAAAUCUUUCAAGGAACUUUGGCCCAGUACAAUAGCCCGUCUUGCCCACCACCGGUGGACUAUUCUGUCCUUGUGCUGGCUAUGUGCCUGGUGACCCUGCAGCCGUCGAGACUCAAUACACACUUAACACCACAUAGCCUAUAUGCCACUAUGAAGAUGCUAUUCGCGGAAGCUCAAGCCAUAAUAUGUGCCUCAACAAAUUUACUUCAGGCUGGACUGCUCAUCGCUGCAUAUGAGUAUGCCAACGGUCGGCCUGAGGCAGCGAACAUUACGAUGGGGACUCUAGCCAGAACCGCUUUUGCAAUUGGGUUAGCAAAUCCCAGCUCCUGGCAGACAAACGAAGCUAGUAAUAUCUCACUUGAAAGACUGGAGCGCCUAAAUUUGUGGUGGGGUGUAAUCAUUCUCGAAAGGCUUAUUCUAUGCGAGAUCAAAGACAAGACACAACGACCUACAACAGAAUGUCCAUCUUCUAAGUUUCCUCUGCCGAGUGACCUCCAGCCUAUCCAAGCUAGCCAUCAAUCAGUAGGAAGCUCCUCACAUGAAAAUCUGCCUUCGAACCAGGACAGGAAACCCUGUGUUUUUGGCCAUCAGGCACGAGCUGUGCUCCUCCUUGAUCGGGUGUUGGCAGUGCGAAGGCUCCCCCAAGCCGAUAGUGGUAGAACGGUAGAGAUUCGGCAACUCGACGAGCAACUGCAAAGCUUUCUUUCAGAACGGAUAAAUACAGCUACCGCGGAAAUUGGCCAUGAUUGCAGUCCUAUAGCAUCUGCCGUGAGUCUGAAGGACCGCGCCACUCGGCUGCAGCUAACUGAUUCUGCCAGGGCGCUUUGCCUAUUACAUCAGGAAGUCAUAGAGUCUCCUUCCAACACCGUUGACUUGCAGAGUCUGCAAUACUCACAGGCGGCUCUAGGAAUGGUAUCUAAUGUAGUGGUGGAUGUCGCGCGCCACCACAAAGCGCAAAUUGCGUGCCAAAAUUCCCAUGCCGAUCUACUACCCCUGAGCUGCUCGUACACUCUGCACAUGGCAAUGAGACAUAUUCGGGAUUGCAGGAAGCUAGUCUGCCCAUACAGCCGCUCUAGCGACCUGAACUCUCUAGUGCAGCUGGAUCAAGAAUUUUCCGACAGAUGGAAAGCCUGA